UGGGUACACAUAUAACACAGUCGAUACUUACAUAAAAAAUACAGAAGAUGAAUAUCGACAGAGUUAGUGAUUCUAGGAACAACGAGACUAGAUAACUCGGAACUUAAAUAUGAUUGAUGAUAGAUCGGCAUAGUCCGAUUGAUUUUAUUAUUUAUUUGCCUCUCUAAACUUUUAAGAGAAGAGGAAAAUGGCAAAUACGUUGUCAUGGAUACUUCUAUAUUUUAUGGUCUAUAUUUGGGAUUCACAGGCUUCAGCUCCAGUUGCAAAGAACCUUCCAGCAAGUGUCAACUUGAACGAGGAUUGUGGAACUACUAUGACGUUAUUCACCACCAUAGCAUCUGACGCAGAUGGUGACCCAAUAACAUUCUCUUUGACUGUGUCCCCAGCAACCAGUGUGUUUUCUGUGAACUCAGAUGGACACGUCAUAUAUGAUGGAUCUACUCUAGACCGUGUCACUAUACCCCAAUACACCCUUACCAUCACAGUUACAGCUGGUGGCGAGACUGUUGUGGGAGACUUAACAGUAACUAUCACAUCUUCUUCGGCUGAUAAUCGACCAUAUUGGCUCCACUCACCAACAGAGAGAAACCCAUUAGUUGAAGUAUCAGUGCGAGAACAUUCCCCAGCAGGGACCGUGGUUUACAAAGCAGUUGCAGCAGAUCCAGAAGGCCUGUUGGUAGACUACUACAACUAUUGGGAAACACCCUCCUCUGCUAUCAUGAAUGGAGGAGUUGAGUGUUUUGAAUUUGACGAAAGUGCUGGAGAGCUUAAAGUUGCGAACGCAGCAUGUUUCGACUAUAAUGACCUGGUAACUCCUGGUGACACUGGCCCCCACUUAGAGCAAUGGAUCGAAGCCUACGAUGGAGUAAUGACAACGUCAUAUGAUUACGACAUUCUUCUUGCUGUUACAUUUCUCAGGAAUAUUCCCCCUGUUAUUCAUAAUCUACCGGACAGUGUGACUCUCACAGAGGCCCAGUUUGCCGAAGAAGUCAUAUCCAAUGUGAACGCAACUGAUAAUGAGAAUGACCCUCUUACAUAUACAGUCGUAGCUGACGUGACUGAUGCACCAUUCUCUAUUGAUAGUACAAAUGGCUCCGUGUAUGUGACCGCCAACCCUCUCUUCGACCGAGCUUCUACAUCUUCAUAUAUUUUAACAAUUUCUGUGUCUGAUGGCUUCAACAUGGUAUCAUCAACGCUCACUGUGAACAUAGUAGUCCCUCCAACAACAACCACUACAACCACGAUCCCCCCAUUGGUAGUUAACCUUCCAAGUAGUGUUGAUAUACGAGAAGACAUCACUCCUCCAGUUACAAUAUUUACUAUUAAUGCUACUGGGAAUGGGCCUAUUCAGUACAAUAUCAUCGAUAUGGCCCCGGCUGGUCCGUUCUUCUUGAACUAUUCAGAUGGUGUUAUCAUUGUCAAUGAGGAUAGUGUUCUCGAUUAUGAAGCUGUUUUUACCUACAAUAUCACCAUAAAUGUGAAUGACAGCACAACAAUGGACAUAUUCAACCUAAGCAUCAACCUAAUUGAUGUGAACGAGCCUCCUAGAUUUUUACAAUACAACCAAUCGAUACAGAUUGAAGAAGAACAGAGUAUAGGGUUUACCAUUCCGCUGUCUAUCACAGCCAAUGACGAAGAUGUUGGUGAUUCACUAUACUAUUGGAUAUCACAACAAACAAACGCCACCUAUUUCAAUCUUAGAAACUCACCUGAUGUUGGACUUGAGCUAGCUGACCGGAUCGAUUUUGAUGACAAUACCAUCCCAAGAGUAUAUCAUCUAGAGGUCUAUGUCAACGAUAGUGGUGGUCUCACAGACAAACUACAUGUCUAUAUAAACAUUACCAAUGUAAAUGACAAUAGUCCCAAAUGGGUUCCAGACACAUACAAUAAAACAAUCGAAAAAUCCCAAUCCAUUGCGGCAGAAAUUAUGCAAAUCAACCUAGCAAUAGAUGAAGAUGAUGAUGAUUGUUUGCUAUCAUAUACUAUAAGUGGAACUAACUCAGAGUCAUUUACUUUGAACUCCGAUGGAUUAUUAUCGAUGUCCUCAAAUAUGGAAUUUACCCCGGGUGAUUUGAUGAUAUUAGUUUUAACUGCAACUGACUGCGGAUCACCAUCUCGAAGUGGUAACGCAACAAUAUCACUCGGUAUAAAAAAUGAAACGGUCACAACAGAAAUGACAUCUAUAGAAAUGACAUCUACAGAGAUGACAUCUAUAGAAACAACAAAUACAGCAAGUCAAACCACAACUAGUGACACUAACAGUUUAGUUAGUCAUCCCGAAGAAGGAUACAUAUACUCUUACACAACCAGACAAACGGCAUCAACAAAUAUAAUUAAUGAAAAUAGUAGUAGCACCAGUAUAUCCAUAGGUGAAAAUAAUGACGUUAGUACCACUGGUAUAUCCAUAGGUGAAAAUAAUGACAUGUACAAUAGUACCAUUGGUAUAUCCAUCAGUGAGGGUACUGACAAUAGUGCAAAUACCAAUGAAAUACAUGAAAAUGUUGGCCCUGCAACAGCAACAAUACCUACCGUAACUACAGAAUUGAGAAAUAUGAACAGCUCCAAGCAAGUGGAAACUAUGGAGACCUCUAGCGUUGCCUGGGUAUCAGGAGUGGUCGUAGGUGUGUUGUUGGUCGCAGUUGCACUGAUCGUAGGAUCGAUUUUGUAUACUAAGAAGAGAAACCAAAAGCGAGAAAAGAAACAACUUGACAAUAAUGAAAUGGAUGAUACAGAAUCAUUUUAUGAAGAAAAACAAACUGCUAAUAAAACAGGAACGCCAUUAAAGACAUUUGACUUUAGAUACAAUAAAACGCCACCUAACGAGGGGAUUAUCUCACUUACUGAUCUACCGCCAUCUAUACCCCCAAGAAAGAUGCAAUAUACAGAUGAACCCGAAACCCCACAUCUGACACCAACACAAAGUGUGAAACACCUAAAAACAUCUUCAAUUGAUAGCAUAGUGAGGUCAAAGAGGAUUUUAGAUGGUUACAAUGAUGCAACUAAUAGUACGAGUCAGUCACGUGAAUCAACUCAAGACAUGUUAACUGUACCGGAAACAUAUACAAUGCCAAAUUCAACCAUCCCAGUAGCAUUAUCAGGAAGUAACAUAUCAAUGAGUGUUGGCUCACUUAAGUCAGAACGGUCAAUAACUAGCAGUGUAGACGCCAGCAGUGGGUAUGAAACGGAAGAUAAAACAAAUGGUUAUGUAAUAUGA